AGGUUCAAGCGAUUCUCUGCCUCAGCCUCUGGAGUAGCUGACAUUAUAGGCACCUGCCACCAUGCCCAGCUAAUUUUUUUGUAUUUUUAGUAGAGAUGGGUUUCACCAUCUUGGCAGGAUGGUCUUUUAACUCCUGACCCCAUGAUCCAUCUGCCUUGGCCUCCCAAAGUGCUGGGAUUACAGGCAUGAGCCACUGAGGCUGGCCCCUCUCUCUUUAUCCUUUUUUUGAGAUGGAGUCUUGCUCUGUUGCCCAGACUGGAGUGCAGGGAUUCCAUCUCGCCUCAUUGCAACCUCUGCCUCUUGGGUUCAGGCAAUUUUCAUGUCUCAGCCUACCGAGUAGCUGGGAUUACAGGCCUGCAUCACCACACCUGGCUAAUUUUGUAUUUUCAGUAGAGAUGGGGUUUCGCCAUAUUGGCCAGGCUAGUCUUGAACUCCUGAACUUAAGUGAGCUGCAGGCCUCAGCCUCCCAAAGUGCUGGGAUUACAGGCAUGACCCACCAUGCCCAGCCAAGAUCCCCAUCUCUUAAAACAGAAUCAUGCUUUUUUUUUUUUUGAGAUGGAGUGCAGUGGUUUAAUCUUGGCUUACUGCAAUCUCUGCCCCCCAAGUUCAAGUGAUUCUCUUGCUUCGGCCUCCCAAGUAGCUGGGAUUACAGACAUGUGCCACUAUAUCUGACCAAUUUUUGUAUUUUCAGCAGAGAUAGGGUUUCACCAUGUUGACCAGGGUGGUCUUGAACUCUGGACCUCAGAUGAUCUGCCUGCCUUGGCCUCCCAAAAUGCUGGGAUUACAAGUGUGAGCCACCAAGCCUAUUUUCUCUAUUUUGAUUUUUUUUUUUUUCCGGAAGACAGAGUCUCACACUGUCACCCAGGCUGUAGUGCAGUGGUGCAAUCUCGGCUCACCACAGUCUCUGCCUCCUGGGUCAAGCAAUUCUCCUGCCUCAGCCUCCCGAGUAGCUGGGACUACAGGCAUGCACCACCAUGCCCUGCUAAUUUUUUUGUACUUUUAGUAGAGACGGGGUUUCACCGUGUUGGCCAGGAUCUUCUUGAUCUCUUGACCUCAUAAUCCGCCCGCCUUGGCCUCCCAAAGUGCUGGGAUUACGGGUGUGAGCCACCAGGCCGGCCUAUUUUGAUGCUUUGACAUCCUGGGGCCUUGUUGACUCUGGAGGGACUGUGCCCACCAGGGUUAGUCCCUGGUUCCUAGAGAUAGUAAAAGACUUGCUUGAAAGCAUGCCUUUUAUAUACAAACCAACCAAUCCAGAUCCCAAACCCCCAACCACUAUCCUCCUGCCCUAACUAUCCUAGGGACAGGUAGGAGAUGACUAGGGAAAGCCCCUAUGCCCCAGAGCAUGCUGAAAUUAACUAGCCUAUCUAGGCCCCUGGAGGCAACUCAUGCCUGUAAUCCCUGGAAUUUGAGAGGCCAAGGCAUGCAAAUUGUUUUAGCCCAGGAGUUGGAAACCAGUCUGGGCAAUAUGGCAAAACCCUGUCUGUCUCUGCUAAAAAUACAAAAAUUAGCAGGGUGUGCUGGCCUGUCAUCAGCUACUCUGGUGGCUGAGGUGGGAGGAUUGCUUGAGCCCAGGAGGUUGAAGGUGCCCUGAGAUGUGAUCGUGCACAUACUCCAGCCUGGGUGACAGAAGGAGACCCUGUCUAAACAAACAAACAAAAACUAGCACAUCCUGGCCAGGUGCAGUGGCUCACACCUGUAAUCUAGCAGUCUGGGAGGCUGCUGAAGCAGGUGGAUCACCUGAGGUCAGGAGUUCUAGACCAGCCUGGCCUACAUGGUGAAACCCCAUCUCUAAUAAAAACACAAAAAUUAACCAGGUGUGGUGGUGUGUGCCUACAAUCCCAGCUACUUGGAAGGCUGAGGCAGGAGAAUCACUUGAACCUGGGAGAAGGCUGCAGUGAGCACUUUUGCACUCCAGCUUGGGCAACAGAUGGAGACUCUGUCAAGAAGGAAAAGAACACCUUUUACCUCAUUGCACUCCUGAGAGAUGGGUUACCAGCAGCUGUACUGGAGCUACCCGGGAAAAUCUGGCCAGGGUUCUCGCUCUUGCUGCAUCUGUUCAAACUGGCACGGUCUGAUCCAGAAGUAUGGCCUCUACAUGUGCUGCCAGUGUUUCCAUCAGUACGCGAAGGAUAUCAGGUUCAUUAAGUGAACU